GUAGAGACACAACAAGCCCGCACGACACAGCACCGACCACAGACUCCUCCUCAACACGGUGCAACAGUGGACAAAUUGCCCUCAUUUAGCAUUUAUUUAGCGGGUUGAGGGGGCUCCUGCUCAAUGCUCUGAAGUGUCCAAAGAGAUUCCUUUCUGUCUCCGAGCUCAGAGGUUUCUUUUUGUUGGCGUGCAAUAAUUAUCCGCGCUCCGCUGGACUUAUAAUCGACCAGCGAUUCACGACUUAUUUUCUCCCGCGGAGAAAUCUGCAGACCAGAACUGGAGCGCGUUGGUGAUGGACCGGGCUCUGGCAGCUCGGUGAUGCUUUUAGCGGAACACUCAAACGGUUUGUUUAAACGCAGAGCUGAGUACAAAACUGCAUCGGGUCAAACACUGGUCCUCUGUACGCUCGAAAGGAUGAUGCCAGAGAUCCUCACUGCUAAAUUUAUACUUUCCUAGUUUUGAUUCGAUGCAUUCAAACACUCGCAUGUUAACGAUGGAUCUGACAGUGGAAACAGAACAACUGGACUCAAACCAGCCUCCAGCAAUAGAAGUUUUUGCUCACAGCUCGACCCUGCACGGAAUCUCCCACAUCUUCACUUACGAGCGCUUCUGCAUCAAACGUUUCCUGUGGUUUGUCUUCUUCUUGGCCUCGCUGACUUUCCUGCUCUACGUGUGCGUGGAUCGGAUCCACUUCUACCUCGAGUACCCACAUGUCACCAAGCUGGACGAGGUCUCGACCCCGGCCAUGACGUUCCCGGCGGUGACCUUCUGCAACCUAAACGCGUUCCGCUUUACCCGGCUGACCCCCAACGACCUGUUCUAUGUCGGGGAGUUGCUGGCCCUGCUCAACAACAGGUAUGAGAUCCGGGACAUACACCUUGUGGAGGAGAGCGUGCUGGAGAGCCUGAAGCUGAAAACCGACUUCCAGAAUUUCAAGCCUCGACCUUUUAACAUGCUAGAAUUCUACGACCGCACCGGUCACGACAUUAACGACAUGCUGCUGUCCUGCCAUUUUCACGGCACAGAGUGCAGACCGGAGCACUUCAAAGUGGUCUUCACUCGUUAUGGGAAAUGUUACACUUUCAAUGCUGGUGGAGAUGGACAUCCCCCGCUCAUCACUACCAAAGGGGGUAUGGGCAACGGGCUCGAGCUCAUGCUGGACAUUCAGCAAGAUGAAUACCUGCCAGUCUGGGGAGAAACGGAUGAGACUUCAUUUGAAGCUGGGAUCAAAGUUCAGAUCCACAGUCAGCAAGAGCCGUCCUUCAUCGACCAGCUGGGAUUUGGUGUUUCACCCGGAUUCCAGACGUUUGUGUCCUGCCAGGAACAACGGCUUAUAUAUUUGCCCCCGCCCUGGGGAGACUGUAAGGUGACGCCCAUGGACUCAGACUUCUUUGACACCUACAGCAUCACAGCCUGCCGCAUAGACUGCGAGACCCGCUACCUGGCGGAAAAUUGCAACUGCCGCAUGGUGCACAUGCCCGGCAGUGUUCCUUACUGCACCCCCCAGACGUAUAAAGACUGUGCUGACCCAGCUCUUGAUUUCUUAGUGGAACAAGACACUGAUUACUGUGUGUGUGAGACGCCGUGCAACAUGACCAGGUACAACAAAGAGCUGUCCUUCGUCAAGAUCCCCAGUAAGGCCUCAGCCAAGUAUCUUGCAAAGAAAUACAACAAAACAGAGCAGUACAUUAAGGACAACAUCUUGGUUUUAAACAUCUUUUUUGAGGCUCUCAACUAUGAAACUAUUGAACAAAAGAAAGCAUAUGAAGUGGCUGGACUUUUAGGUGACAUCGGUGGUCAGAUGGGGCUCUUUAUUGGGGCAAGCAUACUGAGUAUUCUUGAGAUAUUUGACUACUUGUACGAGGUGAUAAAAUACAAGCUGUCUCGCUGCUCUGAUAAGAAGCACAAACACAACAGCACCGACCAGGCAACGGUCUUGAGCUUAGAUGACGUCAAUUGUCAUGUCAGUAACUUUCAUUAAACCUCUGGUGUCUGGAGGAUGGGGACUCUGCCUGGACUUUGCUGAUGCAACAGAAAAGGAUGUGUGAGGAUGAAUGAACUGUGCCUGUUUAGGCUUAACUUUCUCUGAACACGGUCAUGUGGCCAAAAGUAGACGGACACAAAGACACUCAGCAAGCUGCAGAUACCAGAGAUCAACCUGUUCUGAAGAUAGAUCAACUGCAUGGUCAUCUGUAAACUUCUUUUAAAGACAAAGAAAGCGAUGCAGUGAAAUGGGCAUCAGCUACAUGAAGGUUCAUAAGGUGUGCUGUGCUGUAGUGUGUUUAUCUGAUAAGGCUUCAUGUUAGUUGAUUGUUCAUUUUUAAGACUUUUCUUAGUUCUGCAGUGGCCCUGUUGCCUAAGUCAUUUUUAUAUUCCUGUCCUCCAUCCUCAUUUUAAGAGCAUCUGCCCAUGUUAAACUCAGUGCAUUCUGCCAAAACACUGUGCUACCUCAGCUUUUAGUGCAACAGUGCCACUAAGAAUUUAUAGACCAAGCAAAACUGACCACCAGUUGGGAAAUUUUUAAUGAACUGAAAAAAGGACGAAGAAUAUGUGGCUAUAAAUCCAUAAGGAGGUGGAAGCCUUUUAACAGAAGACAUUUGCUAAGGCUCUUCAGUUUUAUAGUUUAUUGCAGUCCUGGAACCCAGUUUGAUUUAAACCUUUAGGUAAUGGAUUAGGAGUUUGUGGCAGUAAACAUAUGUUUCAGAUUUUAUGAUCAUUAUAACAAUAUUAACAUAAUGCUACUGUUGAUAUAUUGCAUUCUGACCUAGAAAAGGUGCAAACUUGAAUUUGAUUUCUUUAUGACUGUAAUUGUAACAAUGGGCCUUUCCCAGCCUAAAACUGCUUAAGUGAUCUAAUUGUUAAAUGUCUGAAGGGCAACAUAAAGAUCUAGUAAAAAGUCACUAUUUUCUUGUUGCCAUUUCCAAUUGUGAAAAUCGACACAUCUCUGCCUCACUUUGAGGGCAUGUUCUCUUGUGUUUCCCAUAUUGAAGAGUAGCUAAAAUAAUUGGGGCCCAUUGUCACCCUAUAUUUGUACAGUUUAAGAAACUAAAGUAUCACAAAAAUGCUAAUGUUACAGUUGUUUUAGAGGAAUUGUUAGGGAUGCCAAUAAUUGUGGCAUUAGAGAUUUUGUUUAACACAACUAUCUGUUAAUUUUUUUUUUUUGUAAUCCAGUUAAAAUAUAUUUUCAGUUUGAAACGUAAACUAUUUUAAGGCUUUUUACACAACUUUACCAGUGGUGCCAACAAUUGUGGAGGAAGAAAAAGAUGUCAGCGAAGCAUUCAUCUAAUUGUUUAGAGCAGUGGUUCUCAGACUCACAAUAGGUACCACUUCAGUCCUUACAUUGGUGCAGCAGGACUAGACUUUUUUAGUUUGCAUUGCUUUUUAAAAAAGACAACAUAGAAGAGGAAAUGCAGUACCUAGCAAUUACCAUGUAUGUUUGGCUAUAGGAAGCAGAUUAACAUUAAUGGUACAUUCGAUUAUUACUCGGAAAUUAAAAGUUUCCAUUUCCAAUAAGGAAAAAUAGUCAGGAGGUCAACUGAAGUCAACAUUCUAAGAGGGGCAGAGGAAGGUCUCUCAAUAAUCGAUCUUGAAAUCUAAUAUGGCUGCAGAGUCUUUUAAACACAGUAAUAGCUGCAGUAAUGAACCUUUUACUGUUUGUAUUUAAUUAAAUCUUUGACACAAAAUACUCUGCAACCCAGACAAUGUGUUCCAUUAGUGUUCUAAUACAUAAACAGUGAAGAAAUACCCUGUUAUUAACUUGCUGUUGCUAAUAGUAAUGAGCUUGUCAUUUAGCAUAGCAGUUGGCAUAUCCCAACUUUCAGCUAACAGUGGCUUUAGAGGAUAAAAUACAGAACUGAAUGUUUUAUUUCAGCCCCAACGCUCAUAUCUGAAGGUAUGCAUUUGAAUCCCAUUCCAACUCUAACACAACUUACUGCUAUAAAAUUGUUGGCUGCGUGACCACAUGGUCAGGGCCAGCUCAAAGUUUCCAGAUUAGCAGUUUGUAUUUGUAUAUAUCUGUCAAGUAAAGCCUCAAUGCAUUCAGCCAUCUAUUCAUAGAGGUAUCAAAUGUCUUCAGUUCAAAUGAAGUACUGUGAAGGCAACUUCCAAUUAUACUGCAGAAAUUUUCCAUAUGCAGGUAGUAGUUUUUAAGAAACCUGUGAUUUCAGUGUCCAUUUAUUGACAUUAGGUUGUCCCAGAUUUCAUUUUUUAAUGGGGCCUGUUGAAGACACAGUGGUUCCUUUGUUUGGUCACAUCAAAGACACAUGAACGUGCAUAUCAAGGGCAACUUGUCAAUGACUAUAAAAUGCUCAGAGAUAGCUUUCAGUAAACUAAAAACAUGCAAAUGAUAACUGUACCCUUAAUUAAUCAAUAAAAAUUAGAUCAGGCCAAAAAAGGCAAAUUAAAUUCAUAAUAAACAGGAUAGUUAUUUAGGAGUUUUGCCCGGUUUUGAGCCAAUUUAUUAAGGCUUCUAUUUACUAUAAAAAUAUAAUAUUACACAAUAAUCUCCUCUCCAGAAUUCAGAAAAAAAGAUUUGUGAUUCAUAGCUAAACAUUCAGGAAAUUGCUUUAAAUAUGUCCUAUAAAAAUGAAAUCAAAUAAACAUGCACUUACCAGAUUAUAAACAUUAGCAAAAGAUGUCACAUAUUGUAAAAAAUCUUUUUUAACUCAAAUGUAACUCUGUAAAUCUCAAAACAACAAAUAACCAAUGUAUGUGGGAAAAUUCUACAUGUUUAUAUUUGUCAUUUUCAUUUUUCAGUCAGUUUAACUCUGAGAUCACAUCAAUGGGGAAGAGUAUACUGAAUGUGCUUUUCCAUCUUCUAGGGCUCUGACUUGCAUGUAUCGGCCCACAGCAGGUGUCUUAAAAAAUGCCGUCCAAGUCAAUCAUGUGUGUCCUCUGUCUGCUUGCAGUAUGCUUGAUAGUAUUUGUACAGUAUGUCCUGACAUUGUUUAGGUCAUGCAAAGUGAAGAUAGCUCCUGCCCUCUGUUAGCCUGUAAACAUGUGAGCUUUUGUGGGUGCAUGCUCAUGAGUUUCUCUUCUGUUUACAUCUUAGAUGUUGUAUCUUAGCUGAGCUUUGUGUAAGCUUCAGCAGGAAAAGGGAAUGUGUAGCUGUGUUGUGUUAGCAUCCAGCACAAACAUACCAUCGGCUGUAACUUGAUGUAAAUACUGCAGUGACCAUGGAUAAUAGUCCUAUUGUACUAGUGUUGCUUGCGCUGGGUUUAUUUGGCACAGACUAGCUCUGCGUCUUAGUUUUCUGUACAUAUGAGUCUUGAUUAUUUAUCUAAAGUAUAUGGAAUAGAGAAGCUGUGUCUUUUUUUUAUUUGAUUUGUAACAAUUAAAACAUCUCUUUUCAUUAGUGUAUGUAGAUAUGUUGCCAGGUUGUUAUUUUCGAGCUGCAUGAACUCUUGAAUCUCUAUGAAAGUUCACAGGUUGACACGCUUACUGCUUUUCUUCCAGGCCUUUACUGUAGACUUUAGAAUUUUGUUUGAGAAGUAAAGGAAUGCUGUUUCCAUUUGCAGAACUAUGGAGGAAAAACAGAUUUAUAGCAGUAGAUUUAUUAAAGACGAUAUGCUAACUUUAUAUACCCGUUUUGUCAUUUUUUGUGUUACCUACCUUUUUCACAUCUUUUCAUGCUCACGCUUGGAAUUUCAUAUGAUAGAUCACCACAAAGUUGUGUUAUUGUGAAGAAGAAAAAUGAGUUUUAUUUUUGUCCGAAUAAAAUCCUGAAAAGUG